ACCAGAUCCCCUCCCCUAAAAACUAUCCAAAAAACAACCAACUUCAAGCGCUUCCUUCCUUCUUUCACUUCCGAGGAUCCACUAUUAGUUAUUUCAACAGGUUUUACUUUCUACUACCAUGAGUAACUUUCUAAUUUUGCCAGGUCCUAAGGCCUUAUCCUCAUUUAGAGUCAACAACUUUAUUCAAGAAAUUGAAAAGAAAGUUAACCAAACUGGGGCUAUUGAAGCAGUUGCCACUUCAUAUACCCAUUAUGUUUCUUUGAAACAACAGUUAUCUGAUAAACAAUUGCAAUUGCUCAAGAUAUUGUUGACCUACGACACCCCCACUGAUGCAGAAAACAAAUUGAGUCAACAAUUGGUCAAGUACUCUACCAUAAGCGGCGACGAAGACACCUCUGCUAUUCAAUUAGAUGACACUACUUAUUUGGUUCAAGUCUUGCCAAGACCAGGUACCAUUUCCCCAUGGUCUUCCAAGGCUACUGAUAUCGCCCAAAUUUGUGGAUUAAGUGACCAAAUUGAAAGAAUUGAACGUGGAUUAUCUUUGAUAAUCAAGACUAAACCAGGUUUCAACUUGGGACAAUUCUUGACUGCCGGUGGCGAAAUUUUAACUUCUGUAUUUGAUAGAAUGACUCAAACCCUUUACUUGGGUGCAAAUGCUCCAAAGUACAAUGACUUGUUUGCUCAUCACAGUCCAAAGCCAUUGGUUACUGUUGACAUUAUUUCUAACAAGGAAAACUUGAACAAGGCAAACAAAGAAUUAGGUUUAGCUUUAGAUUCCGGUGAAAUUCAAUAUUUGAUCAAUGCAUUCACCGAAGUUAUUGGUCGUAACCCAACCGAUGUUGAAUUAUUCAUGUUCGCUCAAGUUAACUCUGAGCAUUGUCGUCACAAGAUUUUCAAUGCUGAUUGGACCAUUGACAAUGUCAAGAAGGAUUUGUCUUUGUUUAAGAUGAUUAGAAACACCCACCAAAAGAACCCAUUAUACACAAUUUCUGCUUAUUCUGACAAUGCUGCUGUUUUUGAAGGUCCAGAAGGUUAUGUAUUUGCUCCAGAUUUCAACACUAAACAAUGGAAGUCGAUUAGGGAAAAAGUUCACACAUUAGUUAAAGUUGAAACCCAUAACCAUCCAACUGCUGUUUCUCCAUUUGCCGGUGCCGCUACUGGUUCUGGUGGUGAAAUUAGAGAUGAAGGUGCUGUUGGUAGAGGUUCUAAAUCGAAGGCUGGUUUAGCUGGUUUUUCGGUGGCUGAUUUGAAUAUCCCAACUUUACCACAACCAUGGGAAAGAAAUGUUGGUAAACCAAACCAUAUUGCUUCUUCUUUGGAUAUCAUGAUUGAAGCUCCAAUCGGUUCUGCUGCUUUCAAUAACGAAUUCGGUAGACCUGCCAUUAACGGUUAUUUCAGAACCUUAACUACUGAAGUUGAAAAUAGUAAAGGUGAAACUGAAAUCAGAGGUUUCCAUAAGCCAAUCAUGUUGGCUGGUGGUAUGGGUGCCAUUAGACCAGAUUUGGCCCUUAAGAAUGUCAAGAUUACCCCAGGUGCUAAAUUGAUUGUUCUUGGUGGUCAAUCCAUGUUGAUUGGUUUAGGUGGUGGUGCUGCCUCUUCCAUUUCUUCUGGUGAAGGUUCUGCUGAUUUAGAUUUUGCUUCUGUUCAAAGAGGUAAUCCAGAAAUCCAGAGAAGAGCUCAACAAGUUAUUGACGCUUGUGUUUCCUUAGGUAAGGAUGGUAACCCAAUUCAAUCUAUCCAUGAUGUUGGUGCUGGUGGGUUAUCUAACGCUUUACCUGAAUUAGUUCAUGACAACGACUUGGGUGCUAAAUUCGAAUUAAGAUCAAUCUUAUCUCUUGAACCAGGUAUGUCUCCUAUGGAAAUCUGGUGUAACGAAUCUCAAGAAAGAUAUGUCUUGGGUGUUGCUCCUGAAAACUUGGAAUUGUUUGCUGGUAUCUGUGAACGUGAAAGAGCUCCAUUUGCUGUUGUUGGUGAAGCUACCGAAGAGCAAAGAUUAAUUUUGACUGAUUCAUUAUUAAAGACCACUCCUAUUGAUUUGGAAAUGUCCGUAUUAUUCGGUAAACCACCAAAAAUGUCAAGAACUGCCAUUACCCAAAAUUUAAACUUGAAGCCAUUCUCCACUAAUGACUUAGACGUUUCAGAAUCAAUUUCCCGUGUUUUACAAUUACCUUCUGUUGGUUCCAAAAAUUUCUUAAUUACCAUUGGUGAUAGAUUUAUUACUGGGUUAGUUGACCGUGAUCAAAUGGUUGGUCCAUGGCAAGUUCCAGUUGCUGAUGUUGGUGUCACUGCUACCUCAUUGGGUGAAACCGUUUUAGCUACUGGUGAAGCCAUGGCUAUGGGAGAAAAGCCAACUUUGGCUUUAAUUUCUGCUAGUAGUUCUGCCAAGAUGUGUGUUGCUGAAUCACUUUUGAACAUUUUUGCAGCUGAUAUUCCUUCAUUGGGUCAUGUUAAAUUAUCUGCCAACUGGAUGUCUGCUGCUUCUCAUGAUGGAGAGGGUGCCAAAUUAUAUGAAGCUGUUCAAGCUAUCGGUUUAGACUUAUGUCCAGAUUUGGGUAUUUCGAUUCCUGUCGGUAAGGAUUCCAUGUCUAUGAAGAUGAAAUGGGAUGACAAGGAAGUCACUGCCCCAUUGGCAUUGACCAUUACUUCUUUUGCUCCAGUUGACAACACUUCCAACACUUGGACUCCAUACUUGCAACCAGUUGAAGAUUCAGUUUUGGUUUUGGUUGACUUGGCCGCUAAGGUCAAGAAGGCUUUGGGUGGUUCUGCUUUAGCUCAAGUUUACAAGCAAGUUGGUGAUGCUGCUCCAACUGUCCAUUCUCACCAAAUCUUGAAAUCAUUCUUGCAAACAUUAGUUGUCUUGCACAAGAAAUUUGAUGUUUUAGCAUACCAUGACAGAUCUGAAGGUGGUUUAAUCACCACUGCUGUUGAAAUGGCGUUUGCUUCUAGAUCAGGUUUGGACUUGACUAUCCAAGGUGAAGAUUUGUUUACUGAAUUGUUUAAUGAAGAAUUAGGUGCUGUUUUCCAAAUUAGAAGUUCUGAAUAUGAACAAUUUAAGGAAAUUUUCGCUACCAACGGUAUCUCCAGUGAAUACAUCUCCACUAUUGGUAAACCAAACUUCCAAGCUCAAACUGUCAAUGUUGCAUUCAAUGGUCAACAAGUUUAUGAAUCUACUCGUGGCCACUUACAACAAUUGUGGAGUAACACUUCAUACCACAUUCAAAAAUUGAGAGAUAAUCCAGAAACUUCUACUCAAGAAUACCAAGCUAUUUCUGACGACAAGGAUCCAGGUUUAUCUUACCAAUUAACCUUCAACCCAUCGGAAGCUAAGGAAUUCUCACGUAAACCAAAGGUUGCCAUUUUAAGAGAACAAGGGGUCAACUCUCAACAAGAAAUGGCCUGGUCAUUCCAACAAGCUGGAUUCGACGUUUAUGAUGUCACCAUGACUGAUAUUUUAGAGAACAGAGUCUCCUUAGACGAUUUCGUUGGUUUAGCUGCAUGUGGUGGUUUCUCAUAUGGUGAUGUUUUGGGUGCUGGUGCCGGUUGGGCCAAGUCAGUCUUGUUCCAUGAAAAGACCCGUAAUGAAUUCAAGAAGUUCUUCCAAGAUAGAACUGACACUUUUGCAUUUGGUGCUUGUAAUGGUUGUCAGUUUUUCAGUAGAAUUGCUGAAUUGAUUCCAGGUACUGAAAACUGGCCAACUUUUGAACGUAACUUGUCAGAACAAUAUGAAGCUAGAUUCGUUAUGGUUGAAGUUGAGGCUUCCGAAAAGAACAAUUCUAUCUUCUUGCAGAAGAUGAAGGGAUCUAAAUUACCAAUUGCUGUUGCCCAUGGUGAAGGUAGAGCACAAUUUAAAUCUAGUGAGACCCAAGCUAGAUUUCACAGUGAUGUUAUAAACUACGUUGACAAUUAUGGUAAAGUCACUGAACAAUACCCAUUCAAUCCAAAUGGUUCUCCAAAUGGUAUUGCUGGUAUUUCUAACGCCAACGGUAGAGUUUUAGCAAUGAUGCCUCAUCCAGAAAGAGUUACCAGAAAAGAAUCCAACUCUUAUUACCCUGUUGAACAAGGUAAACAAUGGGGUGUUCAUGGACCUUGGAUCCAAUUGUUUAGAUCUGCCAGAGAAUGGGUUGGCGAUAACUUUUAAUAGUACAGUUUGAAUUAUAUAUUGUUUGUAUAGUAUGUUUUUAAAAAUAUAAAGUUUUAAGAAUCAU